ACACACAUACACCCCUCUCUCUCCCUCUCUCACAACUAGACGCACUAGAAAUAUUUCCUUCUGCUGCACCUUCCAUUCACUACGGCGUACAAGAGAUACCGGUAGAUUUCCUUCUCUCUCCCUUUUUCCUUUUCUUUCUUUCUUUAGCCCAUCGCCCAGAUUAUGGCGCACACCCUCUACGAGUCGCACAUCGACGCCGCAUUCGCCGAUGAGGACACUUCGAUAAAUGGGUACGAUGACGACAGUAUGCUGGUUACCCCCCGAGGGGACGACAGUGGGAAGUUCACUGGCGCGGGUGGUGGAGGAGAUGCUGGUGUUGGUGGUGGAGGUGGUGGUGGUGGAGGGUUGGGUUCCCUAGCGGACGAACUUGCCGGGGCCAUGUACGAAUUCUAACGUGACCACGACGCAGAAGAGGCCGGCGAGGGGAAUGGGUAUGGGGAGGGCGGGCCUGAAUGGCGGGAUGGGGGUGGAGGCGAUGAUGGUGGGGGGGGGGUACUAAAUGGUGGUGGGGGGAAUGGUGGGGUAGGAGGGGGAGGAGGGACUGCCAGUGAUUAUGAUAGGAGCGAUUAUGGUGAUCCGGAAGACCUCAUGGCGGGAAUCUCAUUUACGCUUGAGGACAAGAUUGGACAGAUUGAGAAAUUGGCUGCCCAGAACAAAGUGAUGAUGAUGCAAGAGGAGGACGACGAGAUCGUAUCCAGACUGAUGGAAGGUUUACAGAAGCUGCCGCCGCAGAGCAGUCUUGAAUCGGGAAGCAAUCGUUUAAUAACCGCCCACAGCGCUCUCGCAACCCACAUGAUCCACCAAGCCCGCACCCUCCGCACCCUCACCCUCAGCAUAAACUACUCCAGCGUGCCGCCGGAUGACGACACCUUGGACCUCCUUCUCCCACUAAUAGAUCUAAUACCGCGCCCGGCUUUCGGCGCGCUCACAGAGCUCGCGAGCCUCCACGCCCUCACAUUCUCUCUCGUCUCGCAGCUCUCCUUCCUCUCCGACACCCUACACAUGGCGCGCCAGUCCUCCAUCGCCGCCAAUCGGAAACUGCGCGUGGCGAGGGAGGCCUGCGCCGACUGGAAAUCGGAGUUGGAGCAAGUCGAGCGCUCCAGGCGCUGGAUCGAGGACGGUGAUUGGGACGCCAAGUGUCGGAAUAGAAACGCGGCGAAUGUGUGCGCCGAGGUCACGGGUGGAUUUGAAGACGUGUGUAGAGGAUUUGAGGAGAGAUUGAAGGCUCAAGGUGUUGCGUGAUUUCUUCCUCUCGUAGAGAGAUGGAAGGGACACGGGCUUUGCAUAGUAGCUUGCGUUUUGUUCCUUUCUGUUUUGUUUUGUUUAGUUGGUCGGGGUAAUUGUUGGUUGGUUGGUGGUUUAAUUGGAUGGAUUGAGGGGAAUUGGGUGGGCUGGAUUGGCUUGGCUUGGACUGGACUGGGUUUU